ACUAUGGAGGCGGUGUAGGGCUCGAGUCUUCAGCUAGUUAUUGUAGGCGUCAGGUAGCUCGCCUCGUUUAUGUGUAUAUAUAUAUUUUUUUUAAGGGUUGAUAUUAUACACAACCGUCCGGAAUAUUCGUAGUAAAUGCUGUGGAGAGUGCAGUAUCCCGGGCUGUGUUGAAGGAAGGGUCAUUUGACUGCGGGGAAAGAUGUGCAAUGGAAAGUCAAAGGCAACAUCACAAGCUUGUCGGACCAACCCUUGUUUUAAAUGGUCCUUAUGCUUGCUGCUGGCAUUGGCGGUGGUAACCACAGGGCAAGAUGGUUCAGGUUGUGUCAGACCUGUCAUGGUGGAGCAUGGCUCGGCUACCGUGCCAAAAACCAACAUGGAUGAUUUCCCCGUGGGGACAGUGCUAGAGUAUCAUUGUGACUCUGGUUACCUGUUAGAUGGACCUGGCAUCCUCACCUGCACUGCACUGGGACACUGGUCCUCGGAACCACCACAGUGCAUACACAGUGAUGAAUGCCAGUCUCUACAUUUGCCAAAAAACGGGGGCUACACCUGCCACCCCUCUCCAUGUCGCCAACUUUCUCAUGGCACUGUGAUUGAAUUCUCCUGUGAUGAAGGCUACACCCUGAAGGGAGAUUAUAAAUAUCUUACCUGUCAGUAUGGCGAGUGGGACGGCCCGGUUCAGAUCAGCUGCGUCAAAGAGCAAGGAUGCGUGAGGCCGUACGUGGUUGAAAACAGCUGGGUAAACCACACGGAAACCAACAGAGGCUUGUUCCCUGUGGGCACCGUGCUGCAGUACAGCUGUGACCCUGGUUACCUGCCUGACGGCCCGAACAUUCUCACCUGCAUCUCGCCAGGACGCUGGUCCUCACAGCCUCCCAAUUGUACACAGAGUGGCGCUUGUCUCCGUUUGUCUGAACCAGAGAACGGGGGUUACACCUGCCACCCGUCCCCCUGUAGACUGUUCUCCCACGGCACUGUCAUUGAGUUCUUCUGUCAUCCGGGCUUUGUUCUCAUGGGGGACUACUACCUGACCUGUCAGGAUGGACAGUGGGAUGGCCCCGCGCGAAUCAAAUGUGUCAAACAAGGAUGUAUGAGACCCUUCAUAGAGCAGCACGUUUCGUCUAAUCUGACCGACAACAACAUGGCCGCCUUCCCCGUGGGCGCUGUACUACAAUACCGCUGUGACCCGGGUUACCAACCAGAUGGAUCCACCAUCAUCAGUUGCACUGCCCUGGGACACUGGUCCUCAGAACCUCCUCGCUGUAUACGUACCACCGUGUGCCGUCCUCCGUAUCAGCCGCAGAACGGAGGCUACACCUGCCACCCCUACCCGUGCGGAAGACUCUCUCACGGCACUGUGAUUGAGUAUUUCUGUGACGAAGGCUACAUCAUGAAAGGAGAAUAUAAAUACCUCACCUGUCAAUAUGGCACAUGGGACGGCUUCAUGCAGAUCAGCUGUGUAAUGAAGCAAGAACACAACACAUCCUUAUCAUUGGGGAUGCCGACUUGGUCAAUCAUAUCAUCCACAGCCAGCUCAGUUGCACUCAUCCUGCUGCUGGUGGUCCUCUUUGUGCUUCUGCAGCCAAAACUGAAGUCCUUCCAUCGACGGGAGCGGGAUGUGUCAGGCCAUCCCGUGUCCAUCGCGGUGGAAGGAAUCCAGGUGACUCUACCCUCGUACGAAGAGGCGGUCAGCAAUAACUCUGCUUCGGCCUCCGACCCAAGCAGUGAGUCUCGUGUGCAGAUCGUGUUGUCGGAGGGCUACCCGCAAACAACGGGGCCGGAGGCUGGCCCCUCUCAGCCCUCUUCCCUCAGUCAGCUGCAUUCGGAGAUUGCCGUGAUGGACCCUUCGCCACCUUCAUCCUUCUCUUCGCCCUCGAGCGGGACUCUGCAGCACGCCGGCACCGUAGCUCUGCCUCACGACGACCAGCGCGGCCUCCCUCUGUUCGACUCGGAGGUGGAUUGUUCUGAUGAUAUGCCUUUGCUGAAGGAAGCCUGAAACACAAACCAUGUUGACUCACCGGUGGACACACUUCAAAGUGGCAGCAAGCUAAGUCAUGUCUCUGACCACCCCAAAGCAGAACAUAAGGUCACUUCUGUACAUAUACACACCAACUCACCUCACACUCUAUGUAUACCUAACAUCCUUACGAUACCUCUGCCUUUCUUUUUUCUCAACUGAUGCUUUAAUUAAGCAUGCGACACCACAGCACAGCAUUAUAGGCUUGUGAUGUAAGCUCCGAGCAGGAA